AGCACCGCCAAGCCAAGACCCUCCAAGCCAAGACCCUCCAAGCCAAGACCUUCCAAGCCAAGACCCUCCAUGCCAAGACCCUCCAAGCCAAGACCCUCAAUGCCAAGACCCACCAUGCCAAGACCCUCCAUACCAAGACCCGCCACGCCAAGACCUGCUGCCUGCUUCGUCUACUGCACCAAUGCCUGCUUCGUCUGCUGCACCCGCGCCGGAUUCAUCUGCUGCUUCCACGCCUGCCACGAUGACGCGCGCAGCUUCCACGCCUGCCACGAUGACGACGCGCAUGCCUCCUCAUCGGCCACGUAUGUGGCCGCUACCUGGUCGUCCGCCACGCCGAGUGCGCCCACCUCCUCGUCGGCCACGGAUGUGGCGCCACCUGACUUUGCCUCGAUGGAUUCGGGGACACUUGGUCUGGCGACCCACCGCCAUGUCCCCCUCCUUCCCUCCCAUGACUCUCGAUCCUGCCUUGUUUUGUUUGUUUUUGGACAUCUGGGAUCUGUGCUUAAGGGAGGGGCUCUGUCAUGUCUGUUGAUCAUGUUUUUGUUUAGUUAUGUUCUGCUUGGUUUUUGGACACUUUUUAGUUCCUGCUUUCACUCCCUUGCCUUGUCACCAUGACUAGUCAUUAGUUUUACUUGUCUCACGUUUUGCACUCGCACACCUGUUACAAAUCAUGUCUGUAUUAUUUAAACCCAUUGUUGCCAGGAAGUCAGCCUGGUGACAUUAACUCUGAUACCUCCAUGAUUGUCCAUGCCAUAGUUCUAUGAUCUUUCCAUGCUUGACCAAGUAAGUUUUUUUUCAUGUCCUGUUUAUGUGUUAAUUUUGUUCAUAGCCAAGUUUGUACUUCCGCCCUUGUGCGCGCUUUUCGUUUGUACCUUUUUAUAGUCAUAAUUAAACCAUGUACCUACCUUCACGCCUUGCCCGCUCCAACUUUCCUUUGCAUUCCGGGAAAACAAACCCCCAUAGCCCAUGUCGUUUUGACAAUAUUCGUGUUUAGGUGGGGAAUGUCUAAUAAUCCUUGCAAAGAAAUGUAAUGGGGGGGUGACAAAGCAUCUUUUUGUGUCAUUCUCGCCAGUUUUGGGUCAUAAAUGGCUGUCAAGGUGUACCAACCUGCCGGUAUACGUCCUCAGCCAUUUAAUUUUCAGGUGAGAUGCAGGAUUUAUGAUCUACAAUAAACUUACAGGGAGCAAGGAAGCGAGGAAGCAGCAGACUACUCAUAGGUACACACGGUAGUGAUCAUGGCGUCGCUAUAAAUAGUUUGUCUGCGUUAGUGCUUAUAAUAACAAUAUCACUAAUACUUGGUUAAUCAUCAAGUCAAAACAUUUAAAUAAAUGGAGUAUUGUUGGCACUUUUUGAAUGUUUUUUUAUUGGAUUUUAUGGGCGGAAUAGAGGAGCUCCCAUUGGCUCUGCUGUAAGUGAACUUUUAUUUACAAGUUGGAAUGCAUUUUAAAAAAAUCCAUCCGUCGUCGUGCCUUUCAUCAUGAUUGUCAACGAUAGGCAAAAUUCCAAAAAAAGUGCAGUCCCCCUUUAAGAGACACAAUCCUCUGUGCACACGUUUUCAGCUAGUUAGUUAAUACACGCAAACCUUUAGUAGAUGAAGGCUUAACUGUACAAAGAAGUCAAAUGAAUGAUGGUAAAAUCAAUUCUGCAAUAAUGUGACAUAUCUCUCAGUAUGAUUUAGUGCAGUUGUAAAAGUAUGACAUUGUUGUUCAAAUUAAUUAAUAUUUGCAAAGGGAAUUGUUUGAUACUGGCAUUGUCACAGUUAUAUAACAUAUGUAGCUUCCAAGUUAUGUGAUUUUGCAUGCUUGUUGCUGCUAUCGGUUUUUUGUGAACAUCCGCACAGCUAAAAUAUCAUGUUUAGAGACCAAGGAGUUGGUUGCAAAUUUUGGGCACUAACCCACCUUGCAGUUUGAUUUAGAAACAAUUAUUUUUUAAAUCCAGUUUUUUGGCUGUGUUAAUACGUAGAUCUGCUUGGCGUGCAGCUACUGCACCAUAUCAGCUACCUUCUUCCUCCCCUGCUCCCUAAUCUUAUGUAAACACAAAGAUCCGCUCCAGCUUCUCCUGGCAGAUGCAGGCGAGCAUUGAUGUCCGGCUGUGAUACAAAAGCGUGGAUUUAAAGUUUAAAAGUGCUUAGGGUAAGAGGGGUGUCUGUUUGCUGUUCUUUGUCGUUAACCCGAAAGAAAGGAAGAUGGUGUUAAUGCAUCACAUUGAUUAAAAUCCCGGAGUAAAAUCUACAGCAAAAUGUUGAAGGGAAAUCAUUGUUCUGUACUGCAGAGGGUUAAAGGAGAAAUCUAUUUCUUUCUUGAAUAAAAGGGUGGCGGGUGCUUUAAAGUGUCUAUUCUGCUGCAAAUGCUGAUGAUUAAGGCAGAAACUGCAGGAGGCAGACAAAAGACAAAGAUAAAGGGAGUUCAAGGAAAGCAAAAGAUGUCUUCACCAUGCAGAAAGAGACAUGUUGUGACAUGACCCAUGUCCAGCCCGAUGUACGCAUAAAAGCAUCUGUCUUCCAAGAUACAUUUUUAUGCAUGCACGCGUGUGUGUGUGUGUGUGUGUGUGUGUGUGUGUGUGUGUGUGUGUGUGUUAGACAGAGAGAGAGAGAGAGAGAGAGAGAGGAUUUAUCAGAUUCUGAGAAUGUCUGAGUUGUCUGUGCCUGUGAAUGAUCUAUGGCUAGUGUUUACCAGGCCAUAUUUUGGCUAGGCCUGCCAUCACUGGCCUAUGAAUGAUAAAUUACGGAUGUCUAUCGGAUUCACCCGAGCACCUGUGGUCCCUUGCUCUCCUUUCGCCUUUUACUCGACACACCAGAGACAUGUUUUAAUACUUCGAUGUUGUCUUUUUUUCGGGAACGCAAACAUUUUUGAAAUCGUCUUUUUUAUUUUUCAAUCAAUUUUAGUGUCAAUCAGAUGAUUUGAUAUGGUAAUGAUUUAACCGUUUUUCCAUUUACAGUAAUGCACUGUAAAAAUGCAGCUAGAUUUAAUGAGUAAAAAAACUGGCAGCUCAGUCACCAAAAUUUUACCGUAAAAAUAACAGUGUUUAAAAAAAAGAAAAAAAAAAGGUAUUAAGCGUAAAAACAGUGUACAUUUUAUGGUAUACCUGAUGUAAUACAUAAACCGUUGGUUUACAAGGAUAAUACAAUUCCUUCAAUAAUCAGUAAUUAAUAAUAGCCAAUAAUUGAACAGUCUUUUGAUCGUGUGUUGCCAACAGGUCUGUCUCUCUCUCAUCCUCACCUCCGUGCCUGUCUGGGUUCUUAAUCCUUAACCCUCGUAAGGUGAACACUUGUGUUUACGUUCUGUCAUCAGUUUGCCUUUCAGAUGCUUUAGUCGGUCGCUUAUGAACUUUGUUAAGUGCUGACUGAUGGCAUUCCAGCUCUUUUAUGAACACAGUUUGCUAUUUGACUUGAAUAUUUGUUCUUCAUUAAGAUGGCGGAUGGCAAAGAAGAACCGACAACCUACACGUGCACUACAUGUAAGCAGUCUUACGGCAGCGCCUGGUUCCUGCUGCAGCACGCUCAAAACGCCCACGGUUUCCGUAUCUACCUGGAAAGUGAACAUGGCAGCCCUCUCACCCCACGUAUGGGUGGGCCCUCCUCCCUGGGUGGAGGCGCAGAUUGCCCUUCUCAUCCUCCCCUUCAUGGCCUUCAUCUGCCUCCUGAUGCAAGCCCCUUCAAUCUCCUCCGAAUCCCAGGCUCAGGCUCAGGGGGAAGGGACAGUGUGGGAGGAGGAAGUGUACUUGGGCCAGGUACUGGGUUGCUUCAUCAGCGUUUUCCUCCCACGCCACCCAUCUUCAGCCCCCCUCCAAGGAACCACCUGGAUCACCAUCACCUGAGUCCAGAAGAGCUGGCGCUGGCAGCCCACCACCCGAGUGCCUUUGACAGGGUGCUGCGCCUCAAUCCUCCUCUUCCCAUGGAACCUCCUCCGACAAUGGACUUCUCUCGGCGGCUGCGGGAGCUGGCAGGUAACACCUCAGGGUCCACCCCCCCUCUAUCCCCUAGCCGCCCCGGGCCCAUGCAGCGCUUACUCCAGCCAUUCCAGACAGCUGGAGGAAGCAUAGGCACAGGAGGUGGAGGGGGGAACAAAACUCCAUACCUUGCAACACCCCCGCCUGUGCCAGGCUCCAUGCAGUCACCGGUAGGCUCUCAGACCACGCCGACCACUCCUCUCAACUCUGCAGGGGCAACACCAUCCUCCAACAAUCCGAUGAAAUCAAAGUGUUGUGAGUUUUGCGGCAAAGCCUUCAAGUUUCAGAGUAAUCUAAUAGUGCACAGGCGAAGCCACACAGGAGAAAAGCCGUAUAAAUGUCAUUUGUGUGACCAUGCCUGCACUCAGGCGAGUAAAUUGAAGCGCCACAUGAAAACUCACAUGCACAAAUCCUCCUCACCAAACACUGGCAAGUCAGAAGAUGGACUUUCGACUGCCUCCUCUCCAGAGCCUGGCACCAGUGAACACAUGGGCAGUGCAAGCAACGCCCUUAAGUCAGUGGUGGCCAAGCUAAAAUGUGAAAACAACCGAAUGCUGCGUGAAAACGGAGAGGAGGAGGAGGAGGAGGAGGAAGAGGAGGAGGAGGAGGAGGAGGAGGAGGAAGAAGAGGAAGAAGAAGGAGAGGAAGAGGAAGAACAUAACGGAGAGCGGGCAGCUCGACGAAACAACAACAGCUACCAUUUUAGCUUGAACCUUGAUGCCACACGCCGACAUGAAAACAAUGGUGGUAUUGGAAGCAGACUGGGAGGCGUGACUGAUGAGGGCUCCAUUCCACGCUCACUCCCUGAGGUGAUGCAGGGAAUAGGUCUUGCAGCAAGUAUGCAGCAUUUCAGCGAAGCCCUUAAUGCACACAAACGGAAUGCAAUAGCCCAGGAGAACCACCUCCACCACCACCUUAAUAGAGGACUUCCACAAAAUCGGGAGAUGUGUGAGGCUACUUCAGUGCCGGAAACAGAUCGUGGAGAGGAGUGCUCCAUCUCAACGGUCAACGGCCGCGGAGCAUCUCCUAAUGAGUCCGCCUCUGUCUGCCUUUCUAAGAAACUGCUUUUGGGCAGCCCAAGUCCACUUAGCCCUUUCUCUAAGCGCAUCAAACUGGAAAAAGAAUUCGACCUACCCACCCCCACAAUCCCAAACACAGAGAACGUCUACUCGCAGUGGCUGGCUGGCUAUGCUGCUUCUCGACAACUCAAGGAUCCUUUUCUGAACUUUGGGGAUUCCAGACAAUCUCCCUUUGCCUCUUCGUCCGAGCAUUCCUCAGAAAACGGCAGUCUUCGCUUCUCAACUCCUCCAGGAGAACUCGAUGGUGGGAUGUCAGGUCGCAGUGGUACAGGCAGCGGGGGAAGCACACCUCAUCUCGGGGGUCCGGGGCGGCCCAGUUCUAAGGACGGUCGAAGGAGUGACACUUGUGAGUAUUGUGGCAAGGUGUUCAAGAAUUGUAGUAAUUUGACUGUGCACCGGCGCAGCCAUACAGGGGAGAGGCCAUACAAGUGUGAGCUGUGCAAUUACGCUUGUGCCCAGAGCUCCAAACUUACUCGUCAUAUGAAGACCCAUGGUCAGGUGGGCAAGGAUGUUUUCAAGUGUGACAUUUGUCAGAUGCCCUUUAGUGUCUAUAGCACCUUGGAGAAACACAUGAAAAAAUGGCACAGUGACCGUCCUUUGAGUACCGAAAUAAAGUCUGAAUAGAGGGUCGAACUACGGGACCUUAUCCCUGCAGCAGUCUGCCAUUACCCCCUGUUUAUCCCUAGACUCUUUCAGUUUUUGCCCCAACACCCAAAACUCAUCCCAAACUUUCACUAGGCUGGUGGAAGAUUAAGACCAUGUGCUCUGCACCAGCACAGCCUGUGUUCAUUUCCAAUUGGAUGCAUGAUCUGUAUCGGGGCAAUACUCUUGCAUUGAGGCGACAUUUUGAGCCUUUUUCUUGUGCAAUAAAUUAACAUGUGUUUUAUUUUA